CCUACCACUGCCUUUCCGCAUCGACUUUGGUCGCCCUCCGAUUCAAACCUCCCCCCCCCCCCCCCCCCAAUCCGCACCAGUCGCCAUGGCCCGUACCAAGCAGACCGCCCGCAAGUCCACCGGCGGCAAGGCGCCCCGCAAGCAGCUCGCCACCAAGGCGGCGAGGAAGUCGGCGCCGACCACCGGCGGGGUGAAGAAGCCCCACAGGUACAGGCCCGGGACCGUGGCCCUCCGUGAGAUCCGCAAGUACCAGAAGAGCACGGAGUUGCUGAUCCGCAAGCUGCCCUUCCAGCGCCUGGUGAGGGAGAUCGCGCAGGACUUCAAGACCGACCUCCGCUUCCAGUCCCACGCCGUGCUGGCCCUCCAGGAGGCGGCGGAGGCGUACCUCGUGGGGCUGUUCGAGGACACCAACCUGUGCGCCAUCCACGCCAAGCGCGUCACCAUCAUGCCCAAGGACAUCCAGCUCGCCCGCCGCAUCCGUGGCGAGAGGGCGUAAGCCAUCCUCUCCGUCGACGCCGUUAGUGGACCGGAAUGCGCUUCCGGUCGUAGUUGGUUACCGAUUCCCGUGCUAGGUCUCUCUUCUGUUGUGUAGAAGAAAUAUGGUUGUUGGUACGAGUAAGACAAGACUUGAUAUGUGAUGAUCCUUUUGGUUUGCGAUUGAGCAAACUUAUGUUGGAA